AUGUUGCUGUUAUGAUACUUCCAACUUAUGGAGAAAGUUGUGAUAAGUCAACUUACAAUACAUGUACUCAUAAUUUAAUGUGUGUCAAUGGGAUUUGUGCAUGCUCUCAGGGUCAAAAAUUGAAUGCUUUUGGCUUCUGUAGUGCAGAAUCUGAAUCUACUAAUCAAUCAACUAAUAACAGGAAUCCUUUAUUAAGUUCUACUUUGGAUCAUCAAAAAUUGGCUUCCAAGCAAACGUCAACAACAAUGCAACUAUACUCACCUCCAGCUGGUAGUUGCGCAAACAAAGAGAUUUGUUUAGGCGGAUCAAUUUGUGAUCAUGAUCGGAAACAAUGCAUUUGUGGAGCUGAUCAUCAAAUACACAAUGCUACUUGCGUUCACAACGAGCUUCGUGCAAUGAUAUUUAUUAAUAUGCAAACAAGUCUUAUACUUUUGGCUACAAACAUUGAUUGUAUCCUAGAUAUUUCAAAAAAAAGUAAUAUUGGCAAGCAGUGUAAUGAUAAUCGAGAAUGUGGUUAUGAAGCUCGUUGUAGACGUGGACAAUGUGUGAGGAAACAUUUCUACAGUGACACUUCACCAAAAUCGAGUGGACAUAGUGACAAAUUUGCAUCAUUUUCAAGUGAGGGACAACGUGGUACUGCAAUGGAAUGCCCACUACCAGAACAUCCAGAACUUUGUCAACUCCCACACUGUUUCUGUUCUAAGGAAGGUAACAAACCACCGGGAAAUUUACCAGCACGAGACAUCCCACAAUUUGUCAUAUUAACAUUUGAUGAUGCUAUAAAUGACAUCACUCUUCGAGAUUAUCAGGAAUUGUUCGGAAACAAUAAUUUUCAUAAUAUGAAUGGCUGUCCGAUACAAGGGACUAUAUUUGUAUCCCAUGAAUGGACAAAUUAUGAUGCAGUAGAACGAUUGCAUCGACAAGGAUUUGAAAUUGCAUCAAAUUCCAUCACGCAUGAUAGACUUACGGAAGAAUCUACGCAGCGAUGGCUACAAGAAAUGGCAGGAGAACGAGAAAUUCUUACGAGAUUCGGGAACAUACCAGAAGAAGAUGUCCAGGGUAUUCGCGCACCUCGAUUAGCAGCUGGUGCUGAUAAGCAAUUUGAAAUGAUGGAAAGAGCUAAUUUUCUGUAUGAUAAUACACUGCUAGCAGAUCCUGGAGAAAAGGGAGAACCUUACUGGCCACAAACCCUUAAUUACCGUAUUUCAUGGCCAUGCUCUGAUGGAUACUGUCCAAAAAGUUCAUUUCCCGGUAUUUGGGAAGUACCAAUAAAUGUAUUUUAUGGUUCCGAAGUAAAUGAAUCUACAAAACGUGCAUCCAUGCUUCGAAGCGUUGUCAAUUUAAAUUCAACAUCUACAUAUAUUUACGAUAUGUUGAUGGAUAAUUUUGAAAGAGCUUAUUACACGAAUCGAGCACCCUACCUAUUAACUCUUAGUGCUGACUUUUUACAACUUAAUGGGAGUAAAGAAGCAAUAAAUGCUAUUGAAAGUUUUCUGGGAACUGUGCUCAAAGAACGAGAUGUUUACGUAGUAUCCAUUAGCCAACUUAUAGAAUGGAUGCAAAAUCCCAAAACAUUAUCAGAAAUCUCGCAGGUUUGCAUUUUUAAGUUAGUAUUAAUUAAAAUCAAAAGCAUAAUUAAAAACUUAUAGAA